AUGAGGGUGCACUUGAUUCGGUUGCCAGACUCACUGUCUGUAAAAUAUAUUUUAGAGCUGGAAAGAUUUGUAGACAAAAAAGGCGAGUUGGAUGCAUUGAUACUGAAAAGACAGCAUGCAGAAUAUGAUAAAGAUGGGAGAGUGACAUUGGAUGCCAAAAAGGUUAAAUCAGCUGGAGUCCUUGGACCUGGAUUGCUGCCCUCUGCAACAUAUAGCAGUAGGAACAAGCAGAAAAAGAAGUCUGUGUUGUUCCGGAGAAAAAUGGUGGUAGACUUGAAGGCGAGAAGUGCUAAAGCGGUAGCAAAUAGCCGGCCAUUAACUAGCAAUGCUAAUUCUAGAUCAACAACAGCAAGAGACAUGAAUCCUAGUAAGAAAAGCAGUGUAAGCAACAGUGCUGCCACUUGUGAGCAGAAAUUAGCUGCAGAGAAUUCAAAAUCUUCCGAAAAAGACACUGUUGUCUAUGUGCAUAAACAGUACCGAAGUGCCAGUGAAUCAUUGAACAGCAGACGCCCUCAUGUAGACGUUGCUGUUGCUGAUGUGCAUAAGAGGAAACAACUGGAGCAUUACCUUCACUUGAAAAGUUGUGGUUGGAAAAAAUCCAAUGAUGGUCAGUGGAUAAAGGAUGAGUUGGUGGAGUUUGACAGCGAUGAAGAUGAACCACCAACUGUUGACAUGAUAUCACACUGA